CAAAAAUGCUUCUGUUUUAUACUAUUAUUAAAGCAGUAAUUAAGCAUAUGAAAGUUUUUGAUUUUUUGAUAUUUAAUUUGAUGAGAUUAGUGCUAAAAUCAGAUAAUAAAUUAAAAAUAUAAUCUUAUAUUGAUAUAGAUAAAGAUAAAUUGUUUAGCAAAAAAAUAAUGAGAAAGGCUAAUUUAAUAUUUGUUAUCUUAGGAUUGACCCUAAGCGCCUGCUACGCUUAAACAGUAGUUGUCACUGAUUUUACUAUAGCUGCUGGUAACUCAGUACCCUAUAUUAAAACAUUCGAAAACUAAUGGAACGAUGAAUUAGAAUUCGCUGUUUAUGGAUGGAUCAGAAUACCAAGUUGGGUUAAUAGUGAAGUUUAAGUAUUCCGUUUAUCUGCUAACAAAGACAUAAAUUCUAAUACUCUUGGUGAUAGAGUUUUGAAGUCUUUUGUCCAAGAUAACAAAGUUAUGUUCGAGACUUAUGAUGCUUAGAAUUACGACCCUAAAGUUUAACAUUCUUAUUUGAACCAAGGUGAUAGUUUUGGAUAAUGGUUCUUCAUUUACUAGGGCUACAAUCCUAAAACAACAAAGACUUAUGGUUGGGUUUAAAACGCAGCUGGAAAAGGUUAAGGAGGUUACAGCAAUUAAUUAGCUAGACAUACCAAGUCUAAUUUCUAUUAAGUAAUCGUAGGUCCUAAUUCAGGCCUUAAAGGAAGUGAUAAAGUAGAAGUCAAAAUUCUUUGGAUUUAAGCUGGAUCUGGUGCUUACAGAGAAAACAACUUUGAUACAAGAGAUACCAAUGUAGUAGUAGUACCUAUCCCAUCUGUUAAAUGCCCUACAGUUUACUCUCAAUGUGAUUACAAGGGAGAUUCAUCAUCUUACUGUUAAAGUGUCCCUUCUGUCAAAAUCCCUGUAAUUAAGAGUGUUGUAAUCCCUGAUGGAUUCAAUAAGAUUACUGUGUAUAAUCUUGAAAAUUACAAAGGUAAGACCGUUAUUUUUAACAAAAGCGUUUCUUGUCUCGACAAAUUUGAAUUUGCCUUCCUAGAGAGAGAAGGAUAUAUCACAGUUAUUGAUAAUAAAGAGUCAAAAAAAUCUAAAAAUGCUCUUAGAUCAAACAGAAAAUGAAGACUUUUAUUGCAUAUACUAAAAAUAGAUCUUUUAUAAAUAUGAAAUCUAAAAAAUUUAAAAUAUAGAUUUUUAUCAAAACUAUUUGUUGAGUUAUGAUUUUUCAUUUUUUUAAUUCUUGUUUAUUAAAAUUCAAAACAUUUUAAAUGCAUUUUUGCAUAUUAUUUAUUUUAAGACAAAAAAAAACUAUCAAUUAAUUGAAGAGAAAAAGUAAUUAACUAAUCAAAGAAUAUGGCGAACGUCAUAAAUAAUCUAAAUUCUUAAAAAAUACAUGUG